GCUCGGCUGGGGCCCGGCCCGGGAUUAGUUGGUUUCGGAGCGGAGGAGGGACCCUCGACCGUCGCGAGCGUCAAAGAGACAAAGCACGUCAGGGGGCCCGGCCGGCGGGGGGGUCGGCCCGAGGCUCGGUGGUGCCCCAGCCCGCGCGGAGGGCCCUGCGGACCCGCGCGCCACCGCCGCCUCGCAACAGGUCCGGGCGGCCUCGCUCUCCGCUCCCCUCCCCCGCAUCCGCGACCCCCGGGGCGCCUCAGCUCGGCCGGGGCCGCCGUCUGGCCACCCGCUUCCAUGCGGUUCGGGUCCAAGAUGAUGCCGGGAGUGAACAAUUUAUAUGUAAAAGCAAGGAGAGUGGAAGCUUCACUCUAACUUCUCUCCUGGAGAUGAAGAGGAGCCCCCUUUCUGUGCCUCACACUGUGCCUGGUGAUUUAGAUGUUUCUCACCGUGUAUCUCAGUAACAAUGAGCAGCACUUCACAGAAGUUCCAGUUACUCCAGAAACAAUAUGCAGAGAUGUGGUGGAUCUGUGCAAAGAACCCGGAGAGAGUGAUUGCCAUUUGGCUGAAGUGUGGUGUGGCUCUGAACGUCCAGUUGCAGAUAAUGAGCGAAUGUUUGAUAUUCUUCAGCGAUUCGGAAGUCAGAGGAACGAAGCUCGCUUCUUCCUUCGUCAUGAACACCCCCCUGGCAGGGACAUUGUGAGUGGACCAAGAUCUCAGGAUCCAAGUUUAAAAAGAAAUGGUGUAAAAGUUCCUGGUGAAUAUCGAAGAAAGGAGAAUGGUGUUAAUAGUCCUAGGAUGGAUCUGACUCUUGCUGAACUUCAGGAAAUGGCAUCUCGCCAGCAGCAACAGAUUGAAGCCCAGCAACAAUUGCUGGCAACUAAGGAACAGCGCUUAAAGUUUUUGAAACAACAAGAUCAGCGACAACAGCAACAAGUUGCUGAACAGGAGAAGCUUAAAAGGCUAAAAGAAAUAGCUGAGAAUCAGGAAGCUAAGCUAAAAAAAGUGAGAGCACUUAAAGGCCACGUGGAACAGAAGAGACUAAGCAAUGGAAAACUUGUGGAGGAAAUUGAACAGAUGAAUAGUUUGUUCCAGCAAAAACAGAGGGAGCUCGUCCUGGCUGUGUCAAAAGUAGAAGAACUGACCAGGCAGCUCGAGAUGCUCAAGAACGGCAGGAUUGAUGGCCACCAUGACAAUCAGUCUGCAGUGGCUGAGCUUGAUCGCCUCUAUAAGGAGCUGCAGCUAAGAAACAAAUUGAAUCAAGAGCAGAAUGCCAAGCUACAACAACAGAGGGAGUGUUUGAAUAAGCGUAAUUCAGAAGUGGCAGUCAUGGAUAAGCGUGUUAAUGAGCUGAGGGACCGGCUGUGGAAGAAGAAGGCAGCUCUACAGCAAAAAGAAAAUCUACCGGUUUCAUCUGAUGGAAAUCUUCCCCAGCAAGCCGCGUCAGCCCCAAGCCGUGUGGCUGCAGUAGGUCCCUAUAUCCAGUCAUCUACUAUGCCGCGAAUGCCCUCAAGGCCUGAAUUGCUGGUGAAGCCAGCCCUGCCGGAUGGUUCCUUGGUCAUGCAGGCUUCAGAGGGGCCGAUGAAAAUACAGACGCUGCCCAACAUGAGAUCUGGGGCUGCUUCACAAACUAAAGGCUCUAAAAUCCAUCCAGUUGGCCCUGAUUGGAGUCCUUCAAAUGUAGACCUUUUCCCGAGCCAAGGCUCUGCUUCUGCACCUCAAAGCACUGGGAAUGCUCUGGAUCAAGUUGAUGAUGGAGAGGUUCCACUGAGGGAAAAAGAGAAGAAGGUGCGUCCGUUCUCAAUGUUUGAUGCAGUAGACCAGUCCACUGCCCCACCUUCCUUUGGUACUCUGAGGAAGAACCAGAGCAGUGAAGAUAUCUUGCGGGAUGCUCAGGCUGCAAAUAAAAGUGUGACUAAAGUACCACCUCCUGUUCCUACAAAACCAAAACAGAUUAAUUUGCCUUAUUUUGGACAAACUAAUCAACCACCUUCAGACGUUAAGCCAGAUGGAAGUUCUCAGCAGUUGUCAACAGUUGUUCCGUCCAUGGGAACUAAACCAAAACCAUCAGGGCAGCAGCCGAGAGUGCUGCUGUCUCCUAGCAUACCUUCAGUUGGCCAAGACCAGACCCUUUCUCUAGGUUCUAAGCAAGAAAGUCCACCUGCUGCUGCUGUCCGGCCCUUUACUCCCCAGCCUUCCAAAGACACCUUACUUCCACCCUUCAGAAAACCCCAGACCGUGGCAGCAAGUUCAAUAUAUUCCAUGUAUACGCAGCAGCAGGCUCCAGGAAAAAACUUCCAGCAGGCUGUGCAGAGCGCGUUGACCAAGACUCAUACCAGAGGGCCACACUUUUCAAGUGUAUAUGGUAAGCCUGUAAUUGCUGCUGCCCAGAAUCAACAGCAGCACCCAGAGAACAUUUAUUCCAAUAGCCAGGGCAAGCCUGGCAGUCCAGAACCUGAAACAGAGCCUGUUUCUUCAGUUCAGGAGAACCAUGAAAACGAAAGAAUUCCUCGGCCACUCAGCCCAACUAAAUUACUGCCUUUCUUAUCUAAUCCAUACCGAAACCAGAGUGAUGCUGACCUAGAAGCCCUACGAAAGAAAUUGUCUAAUGCACCAAGGCCACUAAAGAAACGUAGUUCUAUUACAGAGCCAGAGGGUCCUAACGGGCCAAAUAUUCAGAAGCUUUUGUAUCAGAGGACCACCAUAGCGGCCAUGGAGACCAUCUCUGUCCCAUCAUACCCAUCCAAGUCAGCUUCUGUGACUGCCAGCUCAGAAAGCCCGGUAGAAAUCCAGAAUCCAUAUUUACAUGUGGAGCCCGAGAAGGAGGUGGUCUCUCUGGUUCCUGAGUCAUUGUCCCCAGAGGAUGUGGGGAGUGCCAGCACAGAGAACAGUGACAUGCCAGUUCCUUCUCCUGGCCUUGAUUAUGAGCCUGAGGGAGUCCCAGACAACAGCCCAAAUCUCCAGAAAAACCUGGAAGAACCAAAUCCAGAGGCCCCCCAUCUGCUUGAUGUGUAUCUGGAGGAGUACCCUCCAUACCCACCCCCACCGUACCCAUCUGGGGAGCCUGAAGGGCCAGGAGAAGACGCAGUGAGCAUGCGCCCACCUGAAAUCACCGGGCAGGUCUCUCUGCCUCCUGGUAAAAGGACAAACUUGCGUAAAACCGGCUCAGAGCGUAUUGCUCAUGGAAUGAGGGUGAAAUUCAAUCCCCUUGCUUUACUGCUAGAUUCGUCUUUGGAGGGAGAAUUUGACCUUGUACAGAGAAUUAUUUAUGAGGUUGAUGACCCAAGCCUGCCCAAUGAUGAAGGCAUCACGGCUCUUCACAAUGCUGUGUGUGCAGGCCACACAGAAAUCGUGAAGUUCCUGGUACAGUUUGGUGUAAAUGUAAAUGCUGCUGAUAGUGAUGGAUGGACUCCAUUACAUUGUGCUGCCUCAUGUAACAACGUCCAAGUGUGUAAGUUUUUGGUGGAAUCAGGAGCCGCUGUGUUUGCCAUGACCUACAGUGACAUGCAGACUGCUGCAGAUAAGUGCGAGGAAAUGGAGGAAGGCUACACUCAGUGCUCCCAGUUUCUUUAUGGAGUUCAGGAGAAGAUGGGCAUAAUGAAUAAAGGAGUCAUUUAUGCACUUUGGGAUUAUGAACCUCAGAAUGAUGAUGAGCUGCCCAUGAAAGAAGGAGACUGCAUGACAAUCAUCCACAGGGAGGAUGAAGAUGAAAUCGAAUGGUGGUGGGCGCGCCUUAAUGAUAAGGAGGGAUAUGUUCCACGCAACUUGCUGGGACUAUACCCAAGAAUUAAACCAAGACAAAGGAGCUUGGCCUGAAACUUCACACAGAAUUUUAGUCAAUGAUGAAUUAAUCUGUUUUUAAGAAGAAGUAAUACGAUUAUUUUUGGCAAAAAUUUCACAAGACUUAUUUUAAUGACAAAGUAGCUUGAAAGCGAUGAAGAAUGUCUCUAGAAGAAAAUGAAGGAUUGAAGAAUUUACCCUUAGAGGACAUUUAGCAUGAUGAAAUAAAGCAUCUACGUCAGCAGGCCAUACCGUGUUGGGGCAAAGGUGUCCCGUGUAGCACUCAGAGAAGUAUACAGCGACAAUCCUGUUUUCUACAAGAAUCCUGUCCAGUAAAUAGGACCAUUUAUUGGGCAGUUGGGAAAUCAGCUCUCUGUCCUGUUUAGUGAGUGUUUUCAGCACCUGCUCCUAAACCAGUCCUCGUGCCAGAAAGGACCAGUGCCAUCACAUCGCCGUCUCUGAUUGUACCAGGCACCAGCAGGCCGUUGCGGGGCUCACCUGAAGGCUCGAAGGCACUGCACACUUGUAUAUUGUCAUUGAAGAACUGUUAGUUGGUCGUCAGUGAACAGUAACUUUAUUAUAUGAGUUCUUGUAGCAUCUUAAGAAUUAUACAUAUGUUUGAAAUAUUGAAACUAAGCUACAGUACCAGUAAUUAGAUGUAGAAUCUUGUUUGUAGGCUGAAUUUUAAUCUGUAUUUAUUGUCUUUUGUAUCUCAGAAAUUAGAAACUUGCUAGACUUAACCGUAAUAUUUGUCAAGAUCCUAGCUGACUUUAAAAACAGUUGUAAUAAACUUUUUGAUGCUAA